GAUGGUGAUAGUGAUUCUGACGAGCUUCGUGCUGUAUCCUAGAGGCAGAAAGACCGAGGUACAGUCCACCUUCGUCAGUCUCAUCCACUUGGGCAGCUGGGCAGCUAACUACGGGGCGCAACUCUGGGUUAUCCUUGUGGCCGGAUUAACCAUGUUCUACAGUUUACCUCGACAUAUUUUCGGAAAAGUCCAAAGUCAUCUGUUCCCAAUGUUUUUCCUCUGGAGUCUUGUGACGUCAUCGGUUCAGCUGGGCACGUUCGUCCUGCAACAUCCAAUGGAAUCUUGGCAAACGUUUCACACAGUUGAGGUAGCCAUUUUGACAUCUAGUUUCCUAGCUGCUGCAACGAACUCUGUAAUACUGGCUCCACUCAUUGUCAAGUCCAUGGUGCACACAUUUCGUCUCGAAGUGGAAGCCCGCGUCAGUGACGUCAUAGGAUACGCAGCAAUCAAAGAGAUGAAAAAUGACCCAGAAUACAUUGCGGCGCGCCGGAUGUUUAGAAGGUGUCACGGCCUUAGUGCUCUUCUGACGGUGGUGGGAUUAGUAAGCAACUCGAUACAUCUGUACUACUUGUCUUGUCAGUGUGUACGUAUUUGAUGCCUGUGUCUACCCACUGAGCAAUCAUAUCAAACUAUAGAAGACAGCGAUAGAAAUUUUAGGGUAUGAAACAAAUAAUGUAUUGGUUACCAGCAACGGCAUGUCAUCUCUGAUGACAAAUUUAAUGGAAACACACAAAUAUGAGACAAAUGGUGUGUUGGUUGCGCUACAAGGUCUUGUAUAUACUAGUGACUGUAAUUUAUUAGACAAGAUAAAUAUAGGAAACAUAAUUUAUUACUCAUAUAGUUAAAAAUAUAUUGGUACAUCAAAGUGAUACUCCAAUUAGAACGUCAAGUGGGACAUAACACUUCGACGUUACACGAUGACGUCGUCGAUUAGCACACUACAACCUUAUAGAAACGUCAACCAAUCGAGUUCAUUGAUAUACAUUACGAUCGAUUAUGGGUAAUGAAUAGGAUAUUUAACUCGCUACCAUUUCGUAUCAUGUUUAUGUCCCUCGUGAAACAAUUUUCAUUGUCACUCGCUAAAGUUUACGACAACUGAAAAUUAUUUCACUCGGGGACAUAAAAAUUAUACGAAAUGGAAGCUUACUGAAUAUCACAUAAAUUCUGCUUGCCAGGGAUCUUGAGUUAGUUGUAAUAAAGUAGCUAAACUGAAAACAAUAUAAAACGAUGAUUUAUAUGAUUUAACACAGAUAUUUAAACCCAAAACAAAGAAUUGGUGCAACGGUUUUAACAGAAUAUCUUUGGUUUUAGACAGUGAUUUUCCCCUCUAAAUCCUUGCUGAAAUAAUAGUCCUGUAACUAAUAUAUUAUUAGGUUCUACUCUCAACAUUUAUCAAUUUAUUUUUGUAAUUUAAAGAGAGAAAAUAUAUUUUAAUUUACAUGUAUAUAUAUAUUUAUAUUUCCAAACAAGGUUGAAGUAUUGAUGAUAUCUUAAUUUAACUGUCCUAUUAUUUUCAUAUUUUUUAUGUUCAAUAGUUUAAUGUUCUGUUGAAAGAGAGAUAAGGUAAAAGAGAUGACGUCAUGGUCAGAAGUCACGCCAUAUUUAACCUUUUAUUAGUUAAAUGCUAUAUUUUCAUCUUUUUUUCCAAAAUGUUUUGAAAUUUAAGUGUUUCAAAUUUUAUUUUAUGUUGUAUUUUCUGAAGACCUUUAUACUCUGUGAUGGAGGGUUGGGGGAGGGGUGGCGAUGAAAAGCUAAGAUUUAAUUUAUAGUGGGCUUAAUAUGUAAUACGUUACUACCAGUCUUUAAUUAAAUUAAUUAUUUAUGUGUAUUUAUUAGUCUGUUUUAUUUUUAUCAUUCAAUAUAUUUAUAUUUUAUUUCUUAUUUCAUUUCAUUUAAUUUUUGAAGGCUUGGAUGUGGCUUGAUUUCACAAUAUCGAUCUCAUCUGAAUAUAAUAUUUUAACCAGCGCCUGUGAUAAAAAUGCUAAGUAUGAUAUAAUGUCGCCUGUGAUAAAACUGCUAAAUAUGAUACAAUGUUGCCUGUGAUGAAAAUGUUGAAUAUGUUUAUAAUGUCAGUUCUGUGAUAUUAUAUUUCUAAAUAAGAUGUUAUAUUUCUAAAUGAGGUGUGAUGUUAUCUGUCUAAAUAAAAUGUGAUGUUAUAUUUCUAAAUGAGAUGUGAUGUUAUAUUUCUAAAUACGAUGUGAUGUAAAUGUGAUGUUAUAUUUCUAAAUGAGAUGUGAUGUUACAUUUCUAAAUAACAUGUGAUGUUACAUUUCUAAAUGAGAUGUGAUGUUAUAUUUCUAAAUAGCAUGUGAUGUUACAUUUCUAAAUGAGAUGUGA